GUGAGUGCGUGAGUGAGUUCCCGGCUCGGCUUCGGUUCAGUCCAGCAAGUGCCGCUAGUGAGUGAUAGUGGGUGCGUGCGGCCUCACUUGGUUCCGCGCUUUACGGUGCAUUGCUAACCACGGCUUGCCAGUUGCCGCGUAACAAAACUGACUUCGAAGUGUGAGGAGUGGUCGUCUUGUGAAGCCCAGUGACAGCCUCGUGCUAACCAUGCUGACCUACUGGAGGGUGGCGGUGGCGGUGACAGUAGUGGUGGUAGUGAUUCAAGGCCCCACCGAGGCGAUGCUGGAGCGGCCGCCCCUCGUUGUGCCUGGCGAUGCUGUCAUAGGUGUGAUAGCAGACCUGCACGGGCGCGCGGGACCUGACGGAGGGUGUGGCGCUGUGAAGCCCAGGGCCGUGGAGCAGGUGCUGGCGGCACAGUGGGCGCUGGACACCAUCAACAAUCAGUCUGAACACGAUUACACAAUCGGUUUGCGUGUGUACGACGCGUGUGGGGAUGAGGGCGAGGCUGUGCGGCAGACGUUACGCCUCAGACAGGACACCAUGGCUCCCAACGCGCCGCUUCUUGGUGUGGUGGCCUUGGGCUCCAGUCAGGUAGUGUCAGCAACAGCUCUGUCACUCCAUUCCUUCAAGACGCCCACCCUCAUCACCGAUGCUUGUGCUGCCCACACCACCAAACCUGCUGACAACCUUUUCUCCACAGCACCUCACCUCACUGACCAACUGCAGGCGGUGCUGUCAGCUGCUGAGCACCUUGGAGGUGAAGUUGCUGGAGUGAGUGUGGUGUCCAGCUUCAGCCAUGCAUCUGACAUGCUACAGCAGCUGGCAUUGAGAGGCAGCCCAAAGCUUUUGCACCUGCUGAAGGUUGAUGCAGAGCCUGACCUGACUAAGAAAAUAAUACAUUUCAUAAGCAACAAUGUGAGCUUUGGUGGAGUGAUAGUGCUGUUGCUCAAAUCAGCAGAACUCAAUGUGUUCAUUUCUGAAGUGGAUGAACAAGUGGUGAAGAAGACUGGCCUGCGUUGGGUCCUCUCGACUCUUGGGGAAGAACCUCUUGCCAGGGAACUCAUUGAAAAAGGGAUCAGAAAGAAAUUUACUGGUUCUCUCCUAGUGGAGUCCCACUCACCAGUCACCCCAGUGUUCAGCCAGUACUUUGCUGAAGCUGUCCUCAACAAGACAUCUGUGACAGCAUCCCUUGCCCAGCAGUACAUGGACACGGUAGCACACUGUGACUCAGAGGUCCUCAGUGUCUCUGCUUCACCCUGUGUGAGCAAGCAGGAGCUGGCACAACUGGUGCAGGGUUCCACUGUGACUGCCACUGUCAGUGCUGUGUCGUCCCUGGCUGCUGCCUUCCGUCGAGUGCAGAUCAAGAAGUGCUCCAAAGGUGUGCACUGCCUGGAGGCACUAUGGCAUGACCUGCAUCAAGAUGUGCUGGAAGAACUACGGAAGCUACCGUGCACUGACGGUGCUGACCAGAUCUGUUACAUAGCCAACAGACUCAACAACUUCUUUGUCAUUGUACAGAUCACUCCUCUUGAACUGCGUGAGGUAGGAACAUACUGUGAGGACACAGGAUUGGAGUGGGCCAGUGGAAAAACUAUUAAUUUUGAUAAAAGAGAGAAACAUCAUAGAGGAGUUGCCUUGAGCCUGGUGGCACAGCAAGCAAGGAGGCACAAGACAGUGAUAAAGGCUGCACUGGUCACUCAUGAGGACUAUGUGAGGCGAACCUGGGCCUUCUCAGUGCUGGUGACAGCCUGCUUAGGGGUGGUGUCAUCCCUGUACAUCACUGUGUACGUGGCACUGCGGGUUUGUGAUGGCACUCUCCAGGGACCACAGGUGCUGGGAACGCUGCUGCUGAUGGGUGUCAUGGGCGUGUUUUCCUCCUGUGUCGUGUAUGUGUUGCCGCCUUCUGCCAUCACCUGUUCUGUUCGGCAAUGGGCGCCCACCCUGUGCUUGGCGCUGUGCUAUGGUGUGCUGCUAGUGAAAGCAAUGCAGCUCAGAGCUCUGGUGUCUGUUGGUGCUGAGGGAAAGGUAUCUCAAGUGAAUCUACACAUCACCCUGUUGUUCAUACUGGGUGUACAAAUUGCACUGUGUCUGCUGGGGCAUGCUGGUGGGCUGAGUGUUGGGGAGGAUCCUCUGGUGAGAGUCGAGCCGAGUGGGCGGCUGUGUGGCAUGAAGCCCUUUGCUACCCUGGCUACAAGGGUGUACCUGCUCUUCCUGCUGCUGCUCUGCCUUGUCUUGUCUACUCUGAACCGAAAGAUUCAGAGGAACCACAAUGAGGGACACUGGCUGCUAUUGACGUCCUGUGUGUCGGUGCCGGUGGUGGUGGCGUGGUCCAUCAUGAGCUACCUGGCGCCUCUCUCCCUGGAGGCACCCACUACCAGUGUGGCACUGCUUAUUCUGGCAUCACUCAUACUUGGACUUCUCUUCAUCCCAAAAAUGAGAAUCAUUACCCAGCAAGCAAAGAAAUUCAGACACAAGCGGCUUGCAGCAGCAGCAUCAGUCUCUACAGUCCUGAGCCAGAUAGAGGAUGGAUCAGUAGUCGGGGUGCCUGUCCUGCAAGACACCCUGAAGCCUCGUAAUGGCAGCCCACAGCACAGCCACCAGGAUGCAGCAGGAUCAGUCAGGUCAUCUAUUGCUUCACAGAAUAAUUAUCGUGCUGCCUUCAGUGCAGUGUAUGGAUUCCCACAGCCAUCUCCAUUGAGCAGCCCAAGCCGUGUCCUGAGAAACCCCAUUCAUGAUGCUUCCAAAGGAGCUUAUCCUUGAGGUCUCGGUAAUGCUGCAGUAUUGUGGGAACUGGUGUUUCUUUUACUCACUGCCAGUGGCAGAUUUAUGAUGUAUGGGGCCCCAGGCCAGUGGUCUUUCAUGUUACUUUGUUUUAAAUGUUUCCAUCAUCAUUUCACAUUGUGUUGAUUGUAAUUUGUAGAAUAUUGCAGUAUAUGUAAUGUAACUAAUGUACCACCUCUAGGGUGUGUGGCUCUUGUGAGUGAAGGGCUUACUUAGUUACCUUCCUUAAGUCCACUACUGCUCUCUGUGAUCAGUAUUUGGGAAGAGUUGUAGCUACUACGUAAAUGAUCAGUUACCAGUGUGUGUGUGUGUGUGUGUGUGUGUGUGUGUGUGUGUGUGUGUGUGUGUGUGUGUGUGUGUGUGUGUGUAUUCUAGAGCUGUAGCUAGGGAGUUAAGGAGAGCUGCUGCCUAGUGAAAGCUAAUGUAGUAACUUUUAGUAUAUAGUAUAUUUUUUAUUUCCGAUAUGAGUCUUCUACACUGCACAAAACUUAUCAAUAUAAUAAGAUGUAGUAAUAAUUAUAUAUCUUUUGUUUCCUUAUAACUUGUCUUUUCCAGCACAUAAGAUGUAAUCCAAAGAUGUGGAAACGGAGAACUUGGCAGAACUAAAACUUGUGGGAUAUUAUAUUUUACUCCCAAGAUGGAACAUGAAACCUUGUUAAAACUUUUCAUUGCUUUCUUUCAUCAUAUUUGAUUUAAAUUAUCUUUAAAUUUUAUGGUAAUUACUACUUUAAUGGAUAUCCAGUGGUUUGACACUGCCAAUCCACAAAGAAUUCAGUGAUGUGUCAUCUCCAAUAAGGCUCAUAAUUAUGUCCAUCCAUCAAGAUUGUUUUACAUACUAGUACCUGAUUAUCUGUGUACUGUAGUGUGUAUAGUUAAUCACAAUGAGCUUGCAGUCAGCAGAUGUCUUACUGAUGAUACUUAGUGCACUGGUGACUGGUAUCAGGUAUUAAUGAACCCAGUCCUCACUUCUCCCAAGAUCUAAAUAGAAAAAGAAACAUGAGAAUAGGACAUUUCAUCUGUAGUGCUGUUAGAAAUUGUGCAUAGAACAAAUAUGUGUAAUUAUUCAGAACAUUCAACUCUUACAUGUCAGGAGCACAUGGUUGGUGGCACAUUUUGUGGUUGGCCAUUGUACUCCAUGCAUCUUCUAAGGUGACUUGAAAUGAUGAAACUAAAAGAUUGAAAAUCCCUCCUCAGUAUUUUUAUUCCUGCCAUGAGGCACAGCAUAAUGUUUGGCACUGCCACCAAACUUUAAAGUGAUCUCGGCUUGGUAUGUGUAUAGAUCAAUGCAUGUUCAGUAUUAAGGUAUGUAAUACAUAACUGGAUGGUAAUUUUUUCAACACUUGAAAAUAAAAGAAGAAAAAAGAAAAGAAAAAAGGAAAUAGUAUUUGAUGUUGAGAAAUGUUUAUUCUGCUGCUGCAACUGUGGAAAAUGCUAUUCACUGGACAAAACAACUUGUAUUUGUUAUCCAUUUAUACAGUGGUAAAUAGGAUGACUUAACUUUCCAUAUGUUCAAUCAGUGAUAUAACUAUGUAUUUGCUUGUUUGGUCUUUUAUUUAUUUUUUUUCAAUAAGUGCUUUCUUGUUGAGCCAUAUACAGCUAUAUACAUUAUAUAUUUCUUAAUCUGUUUUCUCCUGUGUGAUGGAUAAAUGUACAUGUGCCCUCUGAGUAUGAAUAAAUGUAACAAAUAGGUAGUGACAUUGGUUGCCAUUACAUAAUCAUGCAGUUCUCAAUCAAUAUUUUUCCCAGUACAGUGGUUCAUCAUUUGUCACUGGUCACAACAGUGAAUCUGAGCUUUAUGGUAUGUAAGUCUGAUUAUAAAAAUAUUACUUGUAUCAUGCAAGAAUGCUCAUGGAGUUCAUCAAUAUAAAGGAUAUAUGGAUUAUGUAUGCCUAGUAUGAUUUUAAAUUAGGAGAAUUCAUAAAUAUUGAAAAGUUUGGGAGUUUGUAAAAAAAUAAUACUUUCUGACAUUAA